GAGAGGCAGGGAUGGGACGGUCAGUGCGCGGUUAACUUGACUGAAGUUGGGAGCGGAGCUUCAUCCCCGCGCGUCCUUGCGGAGAUGCGGCGGUCAGUGAAAAACAGCUGCGCACAUCUGACAAGAAUUUAGGCGGGUGACUGUUAGAAUAAAAGGUCAAGAUGACAGUACCAAAAGACAUCCCGGAGAAAUGGUUUCCGCUCGUUCUCCCCGUGAAAAGAAAGAAACAGAAGGGACUAAACGGAGCCAAGUCGAAAAAGAAGCGGACAGAGGAGGAGAGAAGGGUCAGAGCCAAUGACAGAGAGUACAACGAAAAGUUUCAGUACGCGAGUAACUGCAUUAUGACAUCCAAGUACAACAUCGUCACCUUUCUGCCCGUCAACUUGUUUGAGCAGUUCCAGGAAGUAGCCAACACCUACUUCCUUUUCCUGCUCAUACUGCAGUUAAUACCUCAGAUCUCCUCCCUCUCCUGGUUCACUACCAUCGUGCCUUUAGCUCUGGUGCUGAGCAUCACCGCAGUAAAGGAUGCCACAGACGACUAUUUUCGUCACAAGAGCGACAACCAAGUGAACAACCGUCAGUCUCAGGUCCUCAUCCGCGGCUCGCUCCAGAAUGAAAAGUGGAUGAAUGUUCGAGUGGGUGAUAUCAUUAAACUGGAGAACAACCAAUUUGUGGCAGCUGACUUGCUCCUGUUGUCCAGCAGCGAACCUCACGGACUCUGUUACAUCGAGACAGCCGAGCUGGACGGAGAGACCAAUAUGAAGGUUCGCCAGUCUGUCUCGGUGACGUGUGAACUCGGAGACCCGAACAACUUGGCUUCGUUCAACGGUGAGGUGGUGUGUGAGCCCCCCAACAACAAGCUGGAUCGCUUCUGUGGGACUCUGUACUGGAGAGACAAGAAAUACAACCUGACCAACCAGAACAUGCUGCUGCGAGGAUGUGUCCUCCGCAACACAGAGGCCUGCUACGGCCUGGUCAUCUUUGCAGGCCCUGAUACCAAGCUGAUGCAGAACAGCGGUCGCACCAAAUUUAAGCGUACAAGCAUCGAUCGCCUGAUGAACACUCUGGUCCUCUGGAUCUUCGGCUUCCUGGUGUGUAUGGGUGUGAUUCUGGCUGUGGGUAACGCCGUGUGGGAGAGAGAGGUGGGCUCCCUGUUUCAGAGCUAUCUGCCCUGGGACCCUCCUGUGAACAACUUCCUGUUCUCCGCCUUCCUCUCCUUCUGGUCAUAUGUCAUCAUUCUCAACACCGUGGUGCCUAUCUCUCUGUAUGUCAGUGUGGAGGUGAUCAGGCUGGGCCACAGCUACUUCAUUAACUGGGACCAGCAGAUGUUCUGCUCACAGUGCAACACAGCGGCUGAGGCCAGAACCACCACUCUGAACGAGGAGCUGGGUCAGGUUGAAUACAUCUUCAGUGACAAGACUGGGACUCUCACUCAGAACAUUAUGAGCUUUAAUAAGUGCUCCAUCAAUGGACAGACCUACGGUGAAGCAACAGACCCGUUGGGACCUCAGCCAAAGAGAUUGGACUUCACCCCCUUCAACCCCCUGGCGGACCCUGACUUCUGUUUCUAUGACGACACCCUGCUGGAAUCAGUAAAAGUGGGAGACGCACACACUCAUGAGUUCUUCCGCCUGCUCUCCCUCUGUCACACGGUCAUGAGUGAGGAGAAAAGCGAAGGAGAGCUGGUUUAUAAGGCUCAGUCUCCAGAUGAGGGCGCUCUGGUGACAGCAGCUCGAAACUUUGGCUUUGUGUUUCGCUCCCGAACACCCGGGACGAUAACCACCACAGAGAUGGGACGACCCGUCACCUACACUCUGCUCGCCAUACUGGACUUCAACAACAUACGCAAGAGGAUGUCUGUUAUUGUGCGUAACCCAGAGGGCAGGAUCCGUCUGUACUGUAAAGGGGCUGACACUGUGCUGCUGGAGAGACUCCACCCCUGUAACCAGGAACUGAUGAACAUCACCUCGGACCACCUCAAUGAGUAUGCAGCCGAUGGUUUGCGGACGCUGGCCCUGGCCUACAGGGACCUGUCAGAGGAUGAGUGGGAGGCAUGGUCCGAGAGCCACCGCUGUGCUGACAAAGCUGCCAGCUGCAGAGAGGACCGACUGGCAGCCGCGUAUGAGCAGAUAGAACAAGACAUGAUGCUCCUGGGUGCCACGGCUAUAGAGGACAAGCUGCAGGAAGGCGUCCCAGAGACCAUCGCUGUCCUCUCUCUGGCUAACAUUAAGAUCUGGGUUCUCACUGGAGACAAGCAGGAGACGGCUGUCAAUAUUGGUUACUCCUGCAAGAUGCUGACGGAUGACAUGACUGAGGUGUUCAUCAUCAGUGGACACACGGUGCAGAGUGUACGGCAGGAGCUCGGGAGGGCGAGGGAAAGGAUGAUCGAGCUGUCACGAACCAGAGACGGAGGCAAGGAGGAGGGGAUGGAGGGAUGUUUCAUGGGUAAUGGGUUCAGAGAAGGACAAGAUGGAGAUGGUACUGGAGGAGGGAAACAGCUGCAGUGCCCUCCUCCUCCCCCUCCCCCUCCUCCACCACCACCUCCCUCCAACCUCAUGGACAAUAUCUCUGGAGAGUUUGCCCUCGUAAUCAACGGUCACAGUCUGGCUCAUGCACUAGAAGCAGACAUGGAGACGGAGUUUGUCUCGACAGCGUGUGCAUGCAAAGCGGUGAUUUGCUGCCGAGUCACCCCGCUGCAAAAGGCUCAGGUGGUGGAGCUCAUCAAGAAACACAAGAAGGCCGUCACUCUGGCCAUAGGAGACGGAGCUAACGAUGUUAGCAUGAUCAAAAGUGCUCAUAUCGGCGUUGGUAUCUCAGGUCAGGAGGGGAUCCAGGCCGUGCUGGCCAGUGACUACUCCUUCUCCCAGUUCCGCUUCCUACAGCGCCUUCUACUGGUGCACGGCCGCUGGUCCUACCUGCGCAUGUGCCGCUUCCUCUGCUACUUCUUCUACAAGAACUUUGCCUUCACCAUGGUGCACUUCUGGUUCGGCUUCUUCUGUGGCUUCUCGGCACAGACGGUGUAUGAUCAGUACUUCAUCACUCUCUACAACAUUGUCUACACCUCCCUCCCUGUGCUGGCCAUGGGGAUAUUUGAUCAGGAUGUUCCUGACCAGAGGAGUCUGGAGUAUCCGAAGCUGUACGAGCCCGGGCAGCUCAACCUUCUCUUCAACAAGAGAGAGUUCUUCAUCUGCAUCGCCCAGGGCAUCUACACAUCAGUGGUGCUGUUUUUUGUCCCCUGUGCCGUUCUCUCCGAUGCCACUCAGAGCAACGGAGUGCCCCUCGCUGACUACCAGACCUUCGCGGUCACCACAGCAACAGCCUUGGUCAUUGUGGUUAGCGUGCAGAUCGCUCUGGACACAGGCUUCUGGACUGUUAUAAACCAUGUGUUUGUGUGGGGCUCUCUGGGCUCCUACUUCACCAUCAUGUUCGCUCUGCACAGUCAGACCCUCUUCAGGAUCUUUCCCAAUCAGUUCCACUUUGUAGGUAGUGCCCAGAGCACGUUGUUGCAACCAGUGGUGUGGUUAACUAUUGCACUGGCAACAGCAAUAUGCAUAGUUCCAGUUUUGGCAUUCCGCUUCCUCAAGGUGGACCUCAAACCUCAGCUGUCAGACACGGUGCGCUAUACUCAGCUGGUGCGGCAGAAGAAGCGAAAGCCAGUUGGUCGUAGCACGGGAGGUGCCUGGCGUGGAACAGGCAGUGUGUCCGAGGGCCGUCUGGGCGCUCGCGGUGGCUCUAGGAGGUCAGGCUACGCCUUCGCCCACCAGGAAGGAUUUGGAGAGCUGAUCACCUCAGGGAAGAACAUGAGGCUCUCGUCUUUGGCCCUGGCCACCUUCGCCUCCAGACACAGCUCCAGCUGGAUCGACACGCUCCGCAGGAAGAAACACACUCACACUCACACUCCCCCCAGCGCCUCUGGGGAGUGCAGCCCAGCGCCCAGUUGUGUCUCUGGGUCAGUUCCGCCGCUCUCAAACUCCUCCUCUCUUCUGGGCGGCUCGCAGGAUACACCCAUCGAGGAGGAGACAGACGCAGCACCAGCCCAAAACACACAGACUGUACCCACAUCAUCCACACAAACCCCACCAGCUUUAGCGCCAUCCUCAGAGGCAGCUGCUGCGGCCCUCAAUGCUGGCGUCCUCACACCUGCAGCAGUGAGGUCCUACGGGGGAGACUCACCUGGAGGCUGGACGAUCACUCUGGGCACCGUGCAGGAAGCUCUGUUUGGUUGGAGGGCUCGCGCCACCUCAUCCAGCAGCCCAGGCCUGCCCUCUGUCGCCAAGGAAACCAGCCAGAUUGAGUGAAGCGUUAAGAAUUAACGCAGAAAUAACUCCUGUUCGUCAUGUUUGCACACAGGUUGUGUUUUCCUGUGCUUUCCUGGAGAGACACUGAGCACACACAGACUGUUAUUGUGCUCUUCUCUCUGUUUCCCAGCUCAAACUUUUACUAUACAUCAGAUCAAUCCAAAUCAUAGAGAGGAGGGCACAUCCUAACGACAUGGACCUUGCCAGCUAUGAAUUGGAAUUUAAUGAUGAUAUACAUGUUCUCAUGGCGUAUGAUGACUGUGUUCAUGAAUGACAUCAUGAAAUUUACAGUAUUUAUCUGAAGGAAAGCAGCAGGGAUGGAAACAUUGCUUAACUUUAAUGAUCUAAAAGAUUGUUUCCACUUGUUAUUUCAAGUUUAGCCUCACUGACAAGUCACGCAGCAUCUCUCACAAUCAACAGCGGGUUGAAUGAAUGAGCAGAAGACAUUUGACAACAUUCAGACAGUGAUGCGCAGGCAUUAUUAUCUGUAAAGGUGUUUUUGUGUUCACUAUAGUUCUCAGUGAGAACGGUGCUUUAUGUUACAGGACACGGCAAGACUGUUGCAAGACUUGUGUCCCUUAUCUCCCAUUGAUCUCUUUUAUUACUUGUUAAACCUCAACUUCAUGUUUUCCUCUUCCUUUUUUGCAUCAUAUUGAUGUGUUUUAUAAUGGCCUAGUUCAUUUGCACCUUAAAGCGAGCUCUCAGUGCAUUUUAUCCUCUUCUUUUUGUCUGACAAAGGGUCAGAUCAUGUUUAUGUACCUCUGAUGUAAUGUCUUGUACCACCGCAGUCUGAAAAACAGUGCCACUGGCUUACUUUAGGUUGGACAUGGGCAAAGUGCAAAGAAAUAGGACAUUUAAAGGUGAUUUGUCAAACAAGUCUGUACACUGCUUUGAAUUUUUAUUUGUCCAUGAAUAAAGGGAAGGUGUGUGGGGAUAAUCAUGCCUUAAA